AUGUCUACCAUAACUCAACUUGACAGUAAUCCUCACUGCAGCUCUUUCCCCAGAAAGAUCCCAAUCCCUUAUAAACCAUAUGAAACCAGGAGUCCUACUAGUCCACAGGCAACACCUGUGCCAGUGCUCACCAGAUUUGGCCACAAGUCCAGUCCUUUGACAUCAAUACCCCCAGGUUCACCACUCAACAAAACUGCAAAAGUCUUAUCCAGCCAAACAUCUAUGCCUGUAAAAGAGGAGCUACAGGAGAAUAAACCAGCUAAAGGUGUCCCUGCUAUCGCAGAUCCAUUCAAGUUGUAUCAUGAUAUCCUUCAAUCUUUCCAUUAUGAAUACCUUACCUCCAAUACAAGGAAGGUUUUGAAGUACAUAACUACAAUUACUCUGGAGAAAAGUCAGGAAUUCCAUGGUGUGAGAGCGCAAGAAUUCAUAUUAUUAGAGCAAGCGGCGGACCGGGUAUUGACAAGGCCCAGAUUAAAUUACAACUAUACCACGCGCAUCCUCAGCGUCGACAUGCCUAGCAUCCUCCAUGAAUCAGCCUUCGACUAUCUCAGCCAAUCCUUUACUCUGGCGAUCACCAAGCUUUCGUACGAUCCCUUCGUUAUCCGACCACUGGUGCAUAUGAAUUACCCGCUCGCGCUUAUUGAUCAAACUGUUCAGCCUGAUAUGACCAUCUCGAUCUCCGCCACGGAGAAGAUCAUAGAAAAGGUUUUGAUUCCUUUCGUAGGAGAGUGUGCGUUCUCCCAGGAGAGGGAUAGUAUCUUUAAGAAAGUGCAGGAUGAAAUCGCAGCACAUCCGGAGAUCAUCAUAGUGGUGAUAGUAUUAGUACGUGAAGCUAAACUGUACGCCUGCCCUGCAGACGAUUCCACCGCAUCAAAGAUCCUUUGUAACGGCGCGGAUGACCCCUCACCCCUUCCCAUCGGACUCUUCACUAAACAACAUUCUACACCAAGGGUUUUCAACGAGCCCGUCAUUAUCCCAAUCAUACGUGGUGUCAUCUCGAGUCGGUGGAGUAUUUUGUAUGGAUCAAGGGAGAUGAUGGGGCUCUAA